UAUUAAUUGCUUGAAGCUCUAUGCUUUUCAAAGUUGUUAAAGCUGCUGUUUAUUCUGUAUUUUAGUAUAUAUUGUAACUAAAAUGACAACAUUACGUCAGUUUAAAUGUGAAGAUCUAUUUUGUUUUAAUAACGUAAAUCUGGAUCCCUUAACAGAAACGUAUGGUUUACCUUUUUACUUGACUUACUUAGCUCAUUGGCCAGAGUAUUUUCAGGUUGCAGAAUCUCCAGAAGGAAGAAUAAUGGGAUACAUUAUGGGUAAAGCUGAAGGUCAUCUUGCCACGGAACAGUGGCAUGGUCAUGUCACUUGUUUAAGUGUUUCACCAGAGUUCAGAAGACUUGGACUAGCUGCAAGUUUAAUGCGCGGACUUGAAGAUAUUUCUGAAAUAAAAAAGUGUUUCUUUGUUGAUUUAUUUGUUCGUGAAUCAAAUGACAUUGCGGUUAAUAUGUACAAGAAGCUUGGUUAUGUAAUAUACCGCACAGUCCUUGAGUAUUACUCGGGCGACCCCGACGAAAAUGCUUACGAUAUGAGAAAAGCUUUAUCUCGAGACGUUCAUCGUAAGUCUGUGAUUCCGUUAUCGUACCCCGUUAGACCUGAGGAUGUUGAUUAAUUUUUGCAGAUAAGCAGCGCUAACUUACCGUUACGCAAAUGCAUAAAUCUGCUUUUAAUUUCUUAAAACACAUAUAAUUUAAAGUACUUUUUUAAUUAAAAAAAAAUUAAAAUAAACGUCAA